GUUGAUUUUUGAAAAGAAAAAUAACUGUCAUAUAUUCAGUAUGCUCACUGUAUUUGUUUAGAUGUAUUUUAUCUUUAUGGGAAGGAAGAAUUUACUAGUGCGUUGCGUAGGCACUGCGGCUAGGAAGUUCAGGGCGUUACAGGAGGUCUGGAUCCUGCCUUGGUGGGGGAGUAGCAGGUUGGCUUUAGCGCCUCUAUGGGCGUUGGAUACGUUGGUGUUGGUGGUUAAGUUGUGCUCGACUUGUGCUAUGGCGGUGUUUCGGGUGCUGGUGCCGCCGGUUAUGAAGAGUUUGCAUGGAGAAACUGUACUGAUAACAGGAGCAGGUAAUGGCCUAGGCAGAGAGCUAGCGAUGCAAUUCGCUGAACUGGGUGCGACAGUUGUCUGCUGGGAUAAGGAUGCGAGGCGGAACGACGCUGUGGUCAACGAAAUAAGGAGCAAGGAUGGCGAGUGCUUCGGCUACACGGUGGACGUGACAGUUCGCGAGCAAGUAUUCGCGCUUGCGACCCUAAUGCGACGGCAGCUGACGGAGGUAUCAAUGGUUGUCAGUAACGCCGGUGCCCUGACCGCUGCACCGCUGACUUGUCUCCGGCCUGAGGCAGUCGCAAAGAUAGUUGAAGUCAACUUGUUGGCGCAUUUCUGGGUGUUCCAAGCUUUCCUGCCGAGCAUGAUCGAGAGACGGCGCGGCCACAUCGUAGCCAUCAACUCCAGCGCAGGACUCAUGCCUUGCGCGGACAUGGCACCGUACUGCGCAGCCAAAUUCGGUCUUAGAGGUCUAAUGGACUCUAUAUCGGAAGAGCUCCGCCUGGACGCGUGGACGAAGAACAUCCACACCACAUCCGUGUAUGUGGCGACCAUGGCUACCGGAAUGUAUCCUACACCUACGCACAGAUUCGCCUUUUACUGUCCCGAACUUGCGCCUAAAGACGCGGCUGGAAUGAUCAUUGAAGGCAUACGGCAAAACAAUCGCAUCGUCUGCAUACCAUCCUUCAUGAAGACACUGAUUGACUUUAACAACCUUAUGCCGUACAGGAUAAGGAUCAUUUUCACAGACUUCUUCAACUUUGGCCACAGAGGGUGGUUCUGCUUCUGUUGAAUUCAACUCUGCCCACAGAGGGUGGUUCUGCUUGUUGAAUGAGUUCCAACCUUACGGUUUUGGACUAAAGUUGUUUUUCCUGUCCGCAGGACGUUACUGCCGUUUUUCUCUGCUAAGGGUCUCCCCAGAUAUGUCAACGCGGAAUCGGCAAAAGCUUUAUGUCUGCGCAAUAAGAGCGAAAAAGUCGUCGUUCGGCUUGGCUCGCAUCGGCCGACGCCUGCCGACGCAUCGAUGGCUUUUUCGCUCUUAUUGCGCAGACAUAACGGUUUUUCCUAACGGCUUUUCCCGAUUUCUCGUCGAUAUAUCUGGGGAGACCCUAAUGGAGCUUCUGGAUAUAUCUGACUCUAUAAAAAAUAGCUUUCUAUUUAACUCUUUGGCACACAAGCCUGUGGAUUUACAAACUAAAGACAGAAAGGUCACUAUUAAUAUAAAAUGUUGACACCUUUAAUAUGCUAGCAAUAAUCACCUAUAACACCUCUAUAAGUGUUUCUAAUAGCAUAUAAGUUUAGUUACCCUAUUAGAUGAUAGCUAUAUGGUAAUAAAAACCUAAAUUCACAGUAUAGUUAACGUUUUUAUAGAUGUGUAUAUUUCAUUAGGCGUUAUAGAUAAUUUUAAUAGGUAAUUAUUGGUUUAUGAUUGAAUUUAAACAAUUAAAUAUUGUUUUAGGUAU